CCGGGUCGCUUCUCCCUCCUUUCUCCUCCAUGUCGUUUGACAACUUCACUUCUGCGGCCAUCGUCGCUGCUCAGACGCAACGCGCGCAUCGGAGUCCGUACGGUUACGUGCCCACAGAAUGGAUUUGCAUUCUCUUCAUUGCGCUCUUCGCGAUCACCACUUCUGUACAUCUCGGACAGGCGGUUUGGUCUAGAUUGUGGUGGCUGCUUGGCACGACCGUCCUCGCAGGCGUGAUUGAGAUUAUCGGCUGGAGCGGCCGACUAUGGUCCAGCUUGAAUCCCACUCUCCUCGACCCCUUCCUCAUGCAGAUUACCACGACGAUCAUCGCCCCUACGCCACUCAUUGCCGCCAACUUCGUCAUCCUCGGCCGGAUAAUAAAGCGCCUCGGACAGCAAUACAGCCGCCUGAGUGCUAUGUGGUACACCAUCAUCUUCUGCUCCUGCGACAUCAUCGCACUUAUCGUGCAAGCAAUCGGUGGCGCGAAGGCCUCCACCGCGGUGCAGAACAACCAGGACCCGAACCCCGGCGGACACAUUAUGCUCGGCGGUAUCGCUUUCCAGCUCGCCGCCGUGAGCAUCUACAUGAUCCUCGCGGGCGAGUUCCUGCUGCGCUACCACCUCGACAAGCCAUUCCACAAGAAGGGCGGUGUGCUCCCCAAGAGCUUCCAGCUCGACAACGGCGUGAAGCUCAUGAUCGUGGGCCUCGCAUUCGACGGCGUCUUCAUCCUGAUCCGGUCUAUCUACCGUACGAUUGAACUCACGGACGGAUGGAGCGGUCGGAUUAUCGAGACGCAGGUCUACUUCAACGUGCUCGACGGCGCUAUGAUUGUACUCGCUAUGUUCACGCUUAACUUCUUCCACCCCGCGUGGCUCUUGGGCAAGGCCGACAGCUGGAACGAGAAGGAGCCCAGCGAGACCGACUCGGAGAGGGCGAACGCGUAGAUAUUACACUUGCUUUGCUUUACAAGCUUCCACUUCCUCUCUUUCGCUCUCCAUCGUACUGCAUACACACUGCUCGUUCGAGCACAGCGCUAUAUAUAUCCAGCUGGGGUGUACAUGUGAACACCCGCUAUACACACUUACCAGUACCAUGACCGACCUCGUAAUGUAGAACUAGCUUAUCUCUGUAGCCGCGAUUCAAUUCAGUAGAACUAUCACAACGCUUGACAGCUGGGCGAGCCGAACCCAACGCGUACCUCAGUCGCGCCGAGAACUCACCUGCGAAGCUGCGCCAUCCAUUCCUGAUCCACACACACCCAAAAACCGCCGCUGAUAUCUCUUUAGGCAUGUAUUCUCCGAACCCGCAGAUCCUCCAUAGAGUCCUUCCUGCGCAGCGCAAUCAGCCCACCAAACACGGCAGGCCCCGAACCUAGUCUUCAAUCACGAUGACCUCACUCGGACCCGUCCCCCCGCUCGCCCCUGCUCCUGCUGCGCCCAACCGUGCUCUCCGUGCGGGCCGCUCCGCCAUCUCGUCCGCCACUUCUUCCGAGAGGUCGAUAUCGACCGCGCCGUUGCCCAUAUCCCGCUUCCGCUUCGUCCUCAGCGCUGCGGCACGCGCGGGUCGCUCGUCGUCCGAAUCGUCUAUCGUGAUCGUGUCGCCCGGGGUCGCCGUCCGCGAGGGCGUCGGGCGACCCGACCCUGGCCGCGAGGCGGGGCGGGUGGACGCUGACCGGCCGGAUGCGGCGGGCCGGGAAGGGGCGGCGACGGGCGGUGCGGGGGCUUUACCCUUGCCCUUCGUGGCGGCGGAGGGACGGGCGUAGAGCUCUGUCCAGCGGCGCGCGUUGCUGUCGUGCAGGACGCGGUUCCGGACGUACUCUGUUGCUAUGCUCGGGACUGCAGGGACGUGUCAGGCGUGCUUCCCGAGGAGCCACGAGCAGGACAUACCUAACGGAUCCUCUGCGGCGAAGUAGAGGUGAUCAAUAUUAGUACGGAGGC